AGUUACCGGAAACGCAGCUGAGUCCGUCUCGUACGAGGCGCUUUGCUUGGGGAAGAGGGGGUCCCGGGAACGAAAGGAGGAUGGCGGCAGAUCGACAGCAGAACCCUCGUCUCCUGCUCCGCAACUUCCUCUCUCUGGAGCAGUGCAAGGAGCUGGAGUUCAUUCACAAGAGCUGCAGCACGGUUGGGUACAGGCCGUGCGUCUUCUCCACCACCCUCUCUCAUCUCAUCGCUACGAACUCGGCCCACUUGAUCAUGCCCCUUGUGCUCAUCCGAGAAAAACUGAAAGAGAAGGUGGAGGAAUUCUUUGCAUGUGAGUAUGAGCUCUGUAUCGAAUUUACUGGUCUUGUCAGCUGGACUAAAGGAGCGAGCAUUGGAUGGCAUAGUGAUGAUAACAGGCCCUAUCUGAAACAGAGAGACUUUGCGGCAGUUUGUUAUUUGAAUAGCUAUGGGAAGGAUUUUAGAGGUGGGCUAUUCCAUUUCCAGGACGGUGAACCCACAACUGUUAAACCUUCUGCUGGCGAUGUUCUGAUAUACACUGCUGACAACCGAAAUGUACAUUCUGUUGAUGAGAUCAUCGAUGGGGAAAGACUUACUCUUACACUAUGGUUUAGCCGUGAUGGUUCUCAUGAUGAGGAUGCCAAACUUGUCUCUCGUCUCUCAGAGAUUUUCUCAACCGAGGUGACUGAUGUUCCUGGCUCCAACUUACCCUUGCCAGCAUCCAGUAAUAUGUACCGGUUUUCACCAGAUCAAUCUUCUGACAUUGAUUCAUCGAUCAACAUAUGCUGUGCAAGAAUUUAUGCUCUGGGAUUUGGUAUUUGUGCUUUGGAGGACAAGAUGAACUUCUUGGACGUGUUUGAUCUUUUGAUGAAACCACUGCAGUUAACAAGGAAUAAUGAGAUGUUUAACCAGGAAUUUGAAAAUGUGUUGCACGCGCUGCAGGUGGGGCAGUAUUACUCGUGGAAAGCUUCUGAGUUGCAGCGACGCGCCCCUAUAUUGGAGGAAGGAAAGGUGAUCCCACUGUCCCAAUCACAAAGCCAGAAUGCAAGUGACUUGGAAUCCACAUUCUUACAGGAUCGACGGUUGGCGCAGACGACAUUCGGGUGUAUGAGCUGUGAUGGGUGUGGGACACCUGAAGUAUUUCGUUGGGCCAGCUUUUCUGCUGCUGUUGACGCGUGGAGAGAUUACGCAAAUGAGCUUCACAAGGAUUUACUUAGGAGCUUACCUUACUGGAGAAAUCAUCAGUCAAUCUUCGACGUCUCAUUUGACGAGCUUUGAAUUAGGAUUCAUUGUCAUAUGCCUCUGCAUUUCAUAAGCUUAAAUUCCCCUUAAGAAGCAAGUCUAACAAUGUCGACACUGUUGGUUGCUGCGGAUUUCAUGACGAGCCACACUUGGAUUCCACGCUUAUGGAUGGCAUGGAUCCGAUUGGAAGGCAUCGACCCGUUUAUUUGCCCCGAUUGCAGUCGAUAAUUUGCACUGCUCGUCGCGUCACUUCCCAGCCCAAACUCGAAAGGAAGUGUAAGUCAUCUUCCCCAUUCUAGCCGCCACUAGCAGCUGGUCCCUUCAAGUCACUAGCCAUGUAACAUUUGCAGAAACAAGAGCAGUAAAAUUACGAGAGCUGAUGUUCAGUUCAACUUUAGCAAGGGAGAUUAGGGAGAGAUAAACUUCUUGACCGGUAACUUCUUUUUCCUUAUGCAUCAUAUCGUAAUACAUGUACUUUUUAUCUGCAUCAAAGUCGACUUACAGCAUGUUCUAAAACA